ACUUACAGGUGUGGCUCACGUAAUUCAUACCGGAAGGAUACUUGGCAAUUUAUGGUUGAAAAAUGGCAAAAUAAUAGGAAAAAAUGAACCACAUAGAUGCUGCCACAGCAUCAUCUGUAGAAAAUCUGCGAGAAAUCCUCUCUACGCUCAUCAUUUUUCCUGUAGAUUUCCUUGCCAGAGUACCUGCGCAGAACUUGCUUUCACUCCAAUGUCUUCGUACGAGAAAUUCGAGAUCCGAAAGAGAAACCCGGACCCGAAAACCGCGGUCCUCUUGGUCAUUGACAUGCAGAACUACUUUUACUCCAUGGCUUGCCCUAUUCUGCCCUCUCUCAACGCCACCAUCGACCUCUGUCGUCGCGCUUCUGUCCCUGUGAUAUUCACCAGACACUGCCACAAAUCCCCCGCCGACUACGGCAUGCUCUACGAGUGGUGGAACGGCGACCUCAUCAUGGAUGGCAGCCGUGAGUCCCAGCUCAUCCCCGAGUUGGAUCGGAAGGAGGAUGACUCGGUUCUUGAAAAGAACACAUAUAGCGCCUUCAGAGGUACAAAUUUAGAGGAGAAGCUGAUGAAUAUGGGAGCGAAAGAGGUUAUAGUGACUGGGGUCAUGACCAAUCUGUGCUGUGAGACCACGGCUAGAGAAGCAUUUGUUAGAGGCUUUAGGGUUUUUUUCUCAACAGAUGCGACAGCAACGUCAUCAUUGGAGUUGCAUGAUGCCUCCUUGAAGAACAUGGCUUAUGGUUUUGCUUAUUUAGUUGACAGUGAAAGGAUUCGUGAGGCAUUUUUCAAAUCUUAGCUUGUAUAUUAAUAGCAGCUUGACAUGGAUGGGUUUGCCGAAUAAAUGUACGAAAUUUGUCCCAACUUUAAUAUAUGAUGUUAGUACUUUGUUUACUAGAGCAAUGUGUACCUAUGUAAAUUACUGGAGCAUGAACACUGUAAAUUUGUAAAGGCUUUUAUAUCUUCCUCGUUAUGUAAUGUGUGUUCGACC